AUGUCUCUGAUUCACGCUCUUGUGGCCCGAGGGUCUUCCAUCUUGGCCGAACACCAAGCUGGACAACGGGACUUCUCCCAAGCCACUCAAACCAUCUUGUCGAAGAUUCCCCCUAACAACAGCAAGCUCACUUAUGUUUGGGAGCAGUACCUGUUCCAUUACAUCUCGGAGGGAGGGUUCACUUACCUUGUAAUGGCCGACGAUGCGGCAGGACGGCGAAUGCCGUUCACGUUCCUCGCCGAGCUGCAGCAGAAGUUCACGUCACUCCCCUCUGCUUCAUCAUCUCUGUCCGACCCACCAGCAUAUUCUCAACAAGGUUCUUUCGGACCUGUUAUCGCGCAGCUUAUGACCCAGUACAACACCAACCCACCCACGGACGAGCUCACCCGCGCCCAGACUGAGCUUGCUCAAGUCAAAGAUAUUAUGGUCCAAAAUGUCGAACAAAUAUUGUCCCGCGGAGAGCGGAUCGAACUUUUGGUUGAUAAGACGGAUACUAUGGCGAGCCAGGCCACGGCGUUCAGGCGAGGCGCCAGAACCGUGCGUCGCAGUAUGUGGUGGAAGAACACGCGCAUCCUGGCGCUGAGCAUAGUCGUGGGUGUGGUGCUUCUGUGGAUCAUUAUGGCGCAGUUUUGUGGUGCAGGUUUGAAUCAGUGUGGCUCGAAGUAA